AUGCAGGACAGCCACAGCGGCAACUCUGGAACGCUGCGGCUCCAUUGGCAUUUGCGGCAGCUGUGUGCCUCGGAUAGUUUGCGACUGCAGAAUACCGACUGGUGGAUCGAGCGCGCGGCCAUCCGUGCGACGCCUGACUUCUCGCGUGGCAAUGUUCUGGCAGCGGCCGUUGGCGGGCAAGGCCUCGUAGCUGCAGCUCCGCCGGAGGAUGUCUUCACCCAGGACACGGUCACCAAGCGCAUGCCCAAGAUCCUGGACUCGGUGAUGGCCAAGCUGCCCUCGAAGUUCCAAACCCCUGCAGUAACUGAAGGUGUCAAGAAACUGCAGGAGGAGAUGCGGGGAGGCGCGCAGCUGAAGCUGCUGGAGGGCCGAAGUGCGCGGGUGGGCGCUGAGGCCUGGAACGAGCACCUCGCGGACUUUCUGGCGCGAGGGGAAGGCUGGCAUCAAGCACCCUGGUGGCUGGUCGAGAAUUACAUGUACAAGCGCCUACUGGAGGAGGGCUCAUCACUGGGUCAUGUACGGCUGUCGUGUUGUUUUGUAUGUGCUGUGUGCUGUGUUGUGCAUGUGGGGUGUGCUGUUGUGUGCGUGCGGGGCCCUUGUGUCAUGCUGCACUGGGUUGGUUAUAUUUCUUAG